AUGUGGCAAAGAUCUGCAAUUUUCAGCAUUAUCAUUUGUAUAAUUCUUUAUUUUACAACAUAUACACCUUUUAUAUCUGAUAAUGUUCAACAAAUAUAUAUCACUAUAUCACACUUCAAUACGAAAAGCGAAGACUAUAGUUCGUAUGAUACAAUAAAUAUUGGUUUUAGUCUCUUUGAAUUCGAACAAACCAAACUCAAUGAAAUUCAACUUAAACAUGAAUAUAAUCUCACUGCUAUUAUUCAUUAUCGAAAACGAUUAUCUUAUGUGAAAAAGAUGGUAAAAUAUUUAUUUGAUAUUCAACUAUUCAAAGAAAUUAUUAUUUGGAAUAGUAAUCCACAUAUGAAUCUUACUCUUCAUCAAAUAAACACCGAUUUAAAUACGAUAAGAUUCAUUCGUAUUAUUAAUUCAAAAGAAAAUAUUACGCAUAAAAUCAAAUAUCUUGCUUGUUCACAAGCAAAAACAAGUGCAUGUUUCUUUAUUGAUGAUAGAUGGUAUAGACCCUAUUAUAUAAAAAGUCUUAUUGCUAGUUUUUAUUCUAAUCCAAAUACUUUACACUUUAUUUCAAAUUAUUUAAACAAAGAAAUUGAUGUACUAACAAGUUUUUCUUGGGUUGAUUAUGGAUGUAUAUUUUUAAGUAAAUAUGCUGAACAACAUCUCAAUCUAAUAAAUAAAUAUUUAAUACAUGAUCAAAAUUUAUUACAUUUAAUUGAUGAUCUUUUUCUAAUUUGGUUCAAUGAUAUUCCGAUUCAAUUAAAUAUAGAUAGUCAGCAUCAUUCUUCGAAUCUCCUGUACAAUGAAUCAGUUGUUGCCAUUCGUAAACUUCAAUACUCUUUACAUCGUGAUCGAUUCAUUAGUAAUAACACAGUAUUUUUUCGUAAACAAAAUCAUAAUUCAUCCAUCUAUGUUAAAUCUCCGAGUUUUAACGAUAGAUUUAUAUUCUUUAGUAAUUUUUUAUCAAUAUAUGAUGAUCAUAAAGCACAUGAAAAUCUAUUUCAUAAUACGUGGAAAGCAGUUGAUGGUAAUCUUUCAACAUGUUGGCAAACAAAUCGAACUAUUUAUUCUGGUGACUUUUUUGCGAUUGACUUUUUAUAUGCUCAAACAAAUAUAACAUUCGUACUUAUUGUUUCGCACGAUCGUAUAAUGCAAGCAAAUUUGGUGAUAAGUAUUUCAUUUAAUGGAAUUUGGUGGAUUCCAUAUGAAUCGCUUAGAGGUCAGUUUAAUGAAGGUUUUAAAUCGUUUCGUUAUAUUAAAUUCAAAGCAAUUAACAAUCAUUCUAAUCAAUCCUUUCAAGUAUGUGACAUUCAAAUGAUUUCAAAAGAAAGGACUCUAACGAAUCGUCAAUAA